UAUUUGGAAGAACCGGAUGAAACACCCAGCAGCCACAUCGCUUCCUUCCCGCUCCUUCCUCAAUCAGACUACAUUUCCCAGAAUGCCGCAGAACCCGCGGAAGACCCGGACGUUGCUUUCAGCCGCUUCCGGCCCAGGUGGCCCCAGAGAAUUAUGGCGACCCUCAGAUCCCGGGUGUUGCUGUGGAGACCCCUGAUCUGUUCUCGGGGCGUGGAGCAGUUCUCUUUGUGUGCCCGAACCCAGCCCAUCACUCUGCUCCAGCGGCUGCCCCAGCCCUGUGGGGCGGGGUCGCCAUAUCGCCGAGUCGCUUCCGAGGCCGCAGCAUCUGGUAACUCAGAGAUCAAGAAACCUACAUUUAUGGAUGAGGAAGUCCAAAGCAUACUCAUCAAGAUGACAGGUUUGAAUUUGCAGAAGAUUUUUAAGCCAGCUGUGCAAGAACUGAAGCCCCCAACCUGUAAGCUAAUGACCCAGACACAGUUGGAAGAGGCUACAACACAGGCAGUCGAAGCAGCUAAAGUACAAUUGAAAAUGCCACCAGUUCUGGAAGAGCGAGCACCAAUAAAUGACGUGUUAGCUGAAGAUAAGAUUUUGGAAGGAUCGGAAACAGCCAAAUAUGUGUUUACUGACAUAUCAUAUAACAUAGCACACCGGGAGCGUUUUAUUGUUGUCAGAGAACCAAGUGGCACACUACGCAAAGCCUCUUGGGAAGAACGGGAUCGGAUGAUACAAGUUUAUUUCCCAAAAGAAGGUCGUAGAAUUUUGACACCAAUAAUUUUCAAAGAGGAAAAUCUUAAGACCAUGUACAGCCAGGACCGGCAUGCUGAUGUCCUCAAUCUCUGCAUUGCCCAAUUUGAGCCAGAUUCCACUGAGUAUAUCAAGGUUCAUCAUCAGAUCUAUGAAGAUAUAGAUAAACAUGGAAAAUAUGAUAUUUUACGUUCAACAAGACACUUUGGUGGAAUGGCUUGGUAUUUUGUACAUGAGAAAAAGAUUGAUGGCUUGCUGAUUGAUCAGAUUCAAAGAUAUUUAGUCGAUGAUGCCACCAGCCUGGUCCAGCUGUAUCACAUGGUCCAUCCAGAAGGGCUGUCAGCUCAAGAGGCCAAAGAGCAGGCUGCUGAGGGAUUAAACUUAAUUACGGUCUUUGCAAAAACUGAAGCACAGAUGGGAGCAUAUGUAGAAUUAAUGCUGCAGGCUUAUCAAGGUGCAUUCAUUAGCCAUUCUGCAGCUUCCUGAAAGUAUUUUUAAGUAAAUUUCAUUUUACUAAUAACUAACA